GUCUGUAUAUUAAAAAUGGACGGCACAGCAAACCCGUCGUUCAGUCCGGAUAUUAUAAGCACAGAGCCAAAUCCGCAACUAGACCUCCGCCAGCGCAUCCCUCGCAACCUCAGCACCUGUAAAUUCGACGAGGAUGACGGCAUCUUCUACCAGGCCAGCUGGGCCGGGAUGGACCAGUACGAGGUGGAUGUACGGUCCAGCCACACCGUCUGGCGGGUGACCCGUUGGGUCUUGCUGGGUUCGAUUGGCGUUGUUUGGCUGGCUAUGUUCAUAGCGUGUAUCGUUAUAUUGGCCAGAGGACACACUGAUGAGACUGUAUGCUCGGGUGAGAGGCAUUGGUAUGAAACUGCCAUCAGCUAUCAGGUUGUACCAUCUUCCUUCCAAGACAGUAAUGGGGAUGGUUUGGGAGAUAUAAAAGGAAUUAUCUCGCGGCUAGACUAUCUCGAAUACUUGGGAGUGGACGCCAUCUGGCUGGGACCAAUAUUCGAGUCCUCUAGAUUGGAUUUAUGGAUGGACGUCACUAAUUUUACUGCAGUGGAUGGAGUCUUUGGAAUUUUGCAAGAUUUUGAAGAGCUCGUGGCCGCAGUGCACAACAAAAGUAUGAAGUUAAUACUGGAGUUCAUUCCGAACCAUUCUAGUGACCAGCAUCCAUGGUUUCAACAGAGUCGACAGAGUGAUGACAACGCCUACAGCGACUACUACGUUUGGGCUGACGGUCUGGAUGGGGGACCGCCAACAGAAAUGUUGUCAACAGAGGGCAGUUCGGCGUGGGAGUACGACUCCAACAGACAGCAGUGGUAUCUCCAUACGUUUAUGACGGAGGAACCCGAUCUGAAUUACCACAACCCGAAGGUCGUCAGGGACAUCCAGGCUGCUAUGUCAUUCUGGUUGGGCAGGGGAGUUGAUGGUUUCUACAUGCGUCAUACAGAUCGCAUCUUCGAAACAGUGAUGGCGCCGUACAGUUCAGAUAAUAACGAUGGAAGUGUUAGCUCAUCUGGUGAUAUGCCGGAACCGAACAACAUGCAUGUACAGGAUGUAGUAGGAGGAUGGCGCCAACUUAUGGAUGAAUACAAAAAUGAUGCCCCUGGUCGACCGAAAUCAAAAUCGAAACUUCUUGUGGUUGAUGUUGGCACUGAUCUCGGCCUAGCUGCAGCGAUUUACAGCAAUGCAUCUAUGGACGUUGAGGUGAAGCGAGCUGGAUAUCCAUUUAACUUCAUGUUUUUGGACUUGUCCGUACCGCUGGACGGGCAUCAGAUACGGGCGGCCGUCGAGAACUGGAUCGCUGCUGGACCUUCCUCGGUGUCCCGAAACUGGGCUGUUGGCACUGCAGACGUCAGCCGCAUCGCAUCACGCACUGGAGCCCAUUUUACCAAAGCUUUGCUGUUCUUGAUGGUCAUGCUCCCAGGCUCCCCUGUGAUAUACUACGGAGAUGAGAUUGGUAUGGUGGACGGAGUGAAGAUGAACACAUCGUCCAAUGAUCCUGCCACGAUAUUGAUGGAGUCAGACAGAGAGCUUACCCGGUUACCAAUGCAGUGGUCCACGGAUACGAAUGCUGGUUUUACUGAUGCUUCGACAGAACCGUGGAUACCAGUCGGCGUGAAUGCAAGCCAGGUCAACGUACAGAUCCAAAGACAAGUCAACACCUCCCACCUCGCAUUCAUUCAGCAAACAAUUCACUUCCGUCGAGGCAAUCCAGAACUAUUUGGAAUCAAUGAGUUUCGUCUGCAUAAAACAUUCAAAGAAAUCUUCGCUUUUACAAGGCACAGCGGCGACAGCGACAGUGGGACACCGUUAGCUGUGUUUGCUGCCAUCAACGUUGGAAACUAUGGAGUGACUGAGGACUUCGAGAACUCAUCUGAAGGAAUUCCUAUGGAUGGUACGGUCGUUGUGGCUUCUGACCAAACUCGAAUAGGGAAGACUGUUGAAUUUUCUAGUAUUUUUCUACGAUCGGGAGAGGCAAUUGUAUUAAUGUAUAAACCAUCAAUAUGGUACGUAACCCCUCCUGAUAAAUCAUCUCGUCUUUGUAUAAAUAAUUACUUCAUAAACACGCUAAACAGUCUCAUUGCAGUUACACCUCGGUUUUACGGGGAAACCUCUGCUCCCACUGCAGGAAGGCCCAAUUCCGUUAAUUUUCCCGUCCUGACUGAGGGGUAUAAAAAGGCAACCACCAUGGGGGACUCCAGAAAAGCCGACUACGACAAAUACGAAAUGGCACCGACUACCGAUCCAGAAAAAGGCGGCGGCGGUGAAAUGGAGCAACAACAAGAAGCCGAAUGGACCGGGCUUGGAAAGGAGGAAUUGCUUAAAGUAGCGAACACCCCAGGAUGGAAUUGGGCCCGCAAUAUCCUCCUGAUUCUGUUCUGGGUUGCCUGGAUUGCUAUGCUGAUUGCAGCCAUUGUGAUUGUUGUCAAAGUGCCGCGAUGUCCCAACGUAGAAUGGUGGGAAAAGAGCGCCAUGUACCAAGUCUUCCCGCGGUCAUUCCGCGACUCGGACGGCGAUGGCUUUGGAGACAUCAAAGGGUUGACCAAGAACUUGGACUACCUUGAGACCCUUGGGGUGAAGGUACUGUACCUGACCUCCAUCUAUGAACAGCCCGAGAUGACGACUGACAUUGGCUAUGACAUCAUCAACUUCACCAAUGUGGAUCCCCUCCUUGGCAACCUCACCCACUUUGAUGAGUUGGUCAUCGCACUGCAAGAGAAAGAGAUCAAGUUGGUUCUUGAGUUUGUGCCCAACCACUCCAGUAACAAGCAUCCUUGGUUUCUGGACAGCAUGAAGUCCAAUGACAGUAUGUACAGUGACUUCUAUGUGUGGGCUGAUGGGACGGGAGCCGCUGGUGACCAACCACCAAAUGACAUCAAAAAUGCCUAUGGUGAAUCUGCCUGGACGUUUUCGGCGGAGCGUGGCCAGUUCUACUUCCAUCGUUUCCUGUCGUCUCAACCAGACUUGAACUACAACAAUGAGUCAUUGAAUGCUGAAGUAAUGAAAGCAAUGAAGUUCUGGCUGGAUCGCAAGAUUGAUGGUUUUGUCUUCAGCAACAUUGAGUACUUGGUGGAUCCACAGAUGGUCGAGGUUGUAGUCGCCCCUGUUGGUGGUGGCCGUCGUCGAAGACAAGUUAACACAACAACCACUGCGCCAGCAGCCCCAACAAAUGCUGCCCCCAUGGUUCCCGAGGGUACCACGAUCCCAAUGCCUGAACCAGAACCUACUACAAUGAUGUCUGGCGGUGAAGAACCAGGCUACUCCGGUGGAGAGGUAGCAAUGGCCAGCAAUGAGAAACUAGCCAUGGUGCUGAAGGAAUGGCGUUCGCUACUCCACAAUGAGAGCUACCUCGGAAAGUACAGAUUGAUGAUAACCCAGUCCAAGUUUGACCAAGACUCGGUCAUCAUGCAAUAUGGAAAGAAUGACUCCUUCUACCUUGCCGACCUUCCACUCAACACUGGCCUCGUGGACAUACUGAAUGCCCCGCUGUCUGGACUCAAGAUCAUGGACUUCAUCACUGGCUUCCUGGAGGCCAAGGAGGCUGCUGGUGUUGGCAAUCGAUGGAACACUUGGAUGUUUGGCAGCCAUGAUACUGGGCGUAUUGCCAGCCGUGUUGGAAAAGCCUACGUUGAUGCAAUGAACAUGCUCCUCUUCACACUGCCCGGUACUCCGUUCUCUUACUACGGUGACGAGUUGGGCGUGGAAAACCUGGAGCAGGCAACCAUCGAUGACGUCGUCGACCCCGUGGCUCUCAAAUUCUCGGCAAAAUGGGAGGAGCUGUCACGUGACCCAGAGCGUGCCCCACUAGCCUGGGAUAACUCCACCAAUGGGAACUUUACUAAAGGCAACUCUACAUGGCUACCGCUGCCUGCUAACAUCCAAGAACUUAAUAUCGAGACUCUAAUGGGAAAGCCGAUGUCCUCCCUCAACCAGUUCAGCGUCCUCUCUGAAUACCAUGGCAAGCCGUCCAUCGUGGCCGGUGACUUCGUCGAGGUCAUCAAGACCGAAAGCGUCAUCUCAUACAAGAGGUCCUUCCCAGACUGGCCGUUCUACCUAGUGGCCAUGAACGUGGGCACGGGCGAGGUCAUGGAGAACUUCCACUCCCCGGACCCUGAGCGGGUGCCCGCCGAGGGCAAGGUUAUCCUCAGCACCAAUGGCGCAAAGAAGGGCAAGCUGUCCAUGGAUAGUGUUAAGCUGGCACCUGGGGAGGCUGUGCUGGUGGAGUUCAGAGCCUAAGAAUUCCUCGGAAAAACCUGAUUUUUACAAUGGCCUUGACACCAUAAGCUCUUUUUUUGAGUCACUGCGUAGUUAUAGAAGCCUUUUUUCUCUCGUAAAUUUUGAUGUAAUCACUUAAAAUUUGGAUACAGGGUUUUUCAAGUAUGCUGCUUUUCUUUUCGUAAAAAUUUCACAGAAAUUCUAAAUGUGUCUUGAAAGAUUUGUUUUCUUGAAGUGUGGGUGAUGGAUUUAUUAAUUCACUAGUAUAGUUCUUCUCAGUAUUAGGAACCAUGUGGAGUAUUAUAAACAGGAGAUGUAAGGUUACACUGUAAUAUUCCAAGUUUGAUGUUGAUGUGUUAACAUACACAGAAGUUGUAUUUUAAGAAAACAGCCAUUAGGUAUUCAGGAUUCGAAAAUCUAUUUUGUUUCUUGUACCUUUUGGUGUCGGAUGAUAAUGAAUUACUUUCUCGAAGUAAAAUAUGUGACAAUUUGUUUGCAGAUUGCGGAAUAAUUUGUUUUGCCGCCCCUAUAUUGUGAGAAUUAGGUUAGGUCAUACUUGAUUGGAAACUACAGUGAACCUUGCUUGGAUGAAGGUUCACGAUUUCUGCACUUUGUUCUUUGCUUGGUUUUUCUGAAGACAGAUAUAUCCCACUUAUUAAUAAUAUGUUGACAUUUAUGUCUUAUUAAUUUCAAAUGUACUAAAACCUGUGUUAGUCAGUAAUAAAAAAAGCAUUAUUAAUUCACA